AUGGAGCAGGGCUCGCCGGCACGCCUGCGGACGGAGCUGUGGCUGCAGCAGUGGCUGCUGAGGCUGGCGGGCCAGUGGACUCCGCGGGGCAGGCUGGGGGCGGGGCUGUACGCCGCCUACGCCGGCGCCGUCGUCGCCUCCCUGCUGUUCCUGGUGGCCAGCCAGCUGUCCGCCAUGCUGCACUUCUGGGGCCACAUCCUCAGCACCACCAACAACGCAUGCGUCACCUCCAGCUACUCGAUGGCCAUCUUCAAGUUUUUCGCCUUCCGCGCGAUGCGGCCCUCUGCCGAACGCCUCAUUCACGACCUCGACAGAUGCCUGCAAGUGUACGGGCGCGAGUACGCCGCUCAGAAGGCGGCCGUGUUCGGCGCGUGCGCGCAAAAGGGCCGGCUGGUGGCGCGGCUGCAGGCGUCGCUGGGCGUGUCCGUCUACCUCAGCUGGGUGGUGUUGCCUGCCCUGCGCGCGCAGGCCUGCCACUCUGCCGAGUGCCGCGUCCACAGCGGCUUCCCCGCGUUGGUCUGGUACCCCUUCUCCUUCACAGAGCCGCCCGUCUACCAGAUGAUCUACGCUGUCAUCUCCAUGGGCCUCUUCUACGGCUGCAUCAUCUUCACGUCCCAAGACGGCUUCUUCUGGUCGCUUAUCAUCUAUGUAGGCGCACACUUGCGCUUCCUGAACUUCAUGGUGACCAACAUGUCGAGCGGCGAGAGCGACACGAAGUCUCCUGGAGGGUCUCCACAACUGGAGGAGAAGAUGAGGCGACGCCUAAAGGAGUGCAUCUGCUACCACAACGACAUAGACAGGUGUGUUCAGCGACUGAGUUCCCUGCUCGGUCCCGUAAUGUUGGGACAGUUCCUCACAGAUAUCGUCACCAUCAGUGCCAGUGCCUUUGUAGCUACAAUGCUGAAAGCGGACUCGGGGUGGCUGUUGAAGUACGGCUCAUAUCUGUCUGGCACGAUCGAGCACAUGUUCCUGUUCUGUUGGUUCGGGAACGACAUCUUGACGGAGAGCGAGCGGCUGCAGCUGUCGGCGUACAGCAGCGCCUGGGCGGACGCCUCGCCUCGCUUCCGGAAGGAGCUGCGGAUCUUCCUGUGCCGCAGCCAGCGGCCGCUCAUCCUCACCGCCAGCAAGUUCUGCGCCAUCUCCAGGCAGACAUUCCUGCGGCUGAUGAACGCCUCCUAUUCGUACUUCGCGCUGCUGAAUCAGCUGAGCUCCGAAUAA